UGGCACUUUCACCAGUAGUAGGAAGUCGACGCCUUCCGCGAAGAGAAGCGAGGAGAGGAGAAGACGCCACUCUGACCAACUUCCACUAAAGAUUCCUCUCCACUGACGGAGCAACAGCGAGGCAUGGCUUAUCCAGGAUACGGCGGGUAUGGUGGUCCUAUGCCAGGCAUGCCAAUGGCAGGAGGCCUUAUGGGUGGCCCUCCCAUGGGGCAAUACCCACCCCAGUUUGGGGCUUACCCUGGCAAUACCUUUGCACCCUCUGCCCAAGACCCCAUGUGGGGUUAUUUCACCGCCAUAGCUGGCCAGGAUGGUGAGGUGGAUGCUGAGGAGCUGCAGAGAUGUUUGACACAGACUGGGGUCAGUGGCUCCUAUAUGCCCUUCAGUUUGGAGACAUGUAGGAUCAUGAUUGCCAUGCUGGAUAGAGAUUACUCUGGUAAAAUGGGUUUCAAUGAGUUUAAAGAGCUGUUUACUGCGUUGAAUGGUUGGAAGCAGAACUUUGUGAUGGUGGACCGAGACAACAGCGGGACAGUGGAGCCUCAUGAGUUGUCGCAGGCCAUCGUUAGCAUGGGGUACAGACUGAGCCCUCAGGCGCUGAGCUGCAUCAUCAAGCGCUUUAACCGAGGAGGCAAGAUCUACUUCGAUGACUACGUGGCCUGCUGUGUGAAACUCAGGGCUUUAACCGAGAACUUCAGAAGGAGAGAUACUAUGCAACAAGGAGCAGUGAGCUUCCAGUAUGAUGAUUUCAUCACGUGUUCUAUGUCUAUCUGAGUCUGUCUGAGGAAGGCGGAACUGACGGCGCCUCAUGAGGGAAGUUCGAGCUACGGGAGCUCCGCAGAGAACUAGAACAGUGUAUCAGCCAAUGUAUAUGCAAAAUAAUAUAUGUAUGUAUGUGUGUAUCAAUCACAGGCAUUCAGGAUGGCUACCUCUAUCAAAGUGCAAGUGCCAGUAGAUUCUUUUUAUUGAAAUGAGUUAACAAUGAGUGCGUUGAUGAGGUGAUGAGACGGAGUGGUUCUUAGACAGAGGUUGUGUCCGUAAAGCCAUUCAGUGCCACAUUUUUGCGAAAGGGUCAGACCACAUCACUGAUCUUUUGUUUUGUGCCAACACAAAAUUUCUUAUUUCUAAUUUUUAAGCAUUUUAAUCAUUUCACAACCAAAUACUCAAGCCACUCCAUGUUUAGAUAGUGUUAAUAAACUACAUGGUUUAAAA